AGUAAUCUUCUUCUCCUAAUUAUGGGGUUUGAGUUUGUCGGUAGUAGUGAUGCAUCAGACCUUCAAGAGGAUGGACGCCGUCGUUUUAGCAGUAUUUGCUUAGAGGGAUUUGACACUAGGAUGUACCCGUAUGAUCUCCAGCUCGUUUUGACAAAACAUUUCUCUUCAUGCGGAAAGAUCAUACAUUUUAAUGUUCCCAGAAACCUUGAAACGCUCACCCUCGGGAGAUUUGCCUUGAUUCGUAUUACCGGAGAAGGUGCCCUAGAGAAGGCGUUGCAACUUAGUGGAACUGACGUGCAGGUGGGAGGAUGGCCAGUAUGGCGUGUACUCGCUAAGGAGGUUAAGGAGUUUACGGAGUUUAAGGGAGAAUACCUUGAUCCUCCAAGGCCUUCUGUGGAGGUCAAGCUCAAACACGUGAGUACACAACGCAGAAUGCUAGUAACGGGAUAUGACACUUCGCUCCCUGAGAUUGAUCUCCAGAUCGGAUUGAGUAAACACUUCUCUACAUGUGGAGAGGUCACCGGUGUAAUGAUUCUCCCCACGAUAGGUAGCAUCUCUAUUAGGGGAGAAGGUGCAGCAGAAAAGGCCCGGGAACUAAGUGGACGUGACGUGGGAGGAUGGAAUAUCACAGUUGUUUCUAUCCAGCCGCUACGGGGUUCCAAAAGAAAUUUCCGAACAUCCAAUUCUUCUCGACCCAACUUCUAUCGCAAUAUCGCUCUGACAAUUCAGCGGAAUGAGGAGAUGAAGCAGAAGGAGAUGAAGCAGAAGGAGAUGAAGCAGAUUGAGAUGAAGCAGAUUGAGAUGAAGCAGAUUGAGAUGAAGCAGAAGAAUUGUGUCGAGACUAAUUAAGCUCUUUUGUUGUUGUUUUAAACUUGUGAUACACUUAAAACUCGACCUCCUCCUAUCUUUUUUAUUACUUGGCCACUUCUGUUGUUCUUUUGUUUGUUUUUCUCUGGAUGGAUGCUAGAAGCAAUAAUCUUUAUAAGCCUUGGCCUGUUCGUUGUUUA